AUGGGUAUCCACGGAUCCACCAGAUACAACUUUACCCGGGCGCGAAACGAGCUGUGCCGGAUAUCAGACGCUCGGGAUCAGCUGUCGUCGGCGAAUUCCGUCCUCAGCCUCAUGCCACCUACUGUUGCCAGCCACCCCGAUGUGCAGAGACUCACUCUCACUUUGGAGGAGAAAACGGCUGUCGGUCAUUGGAAAGGCGAGUUCACGGAUACCAAAAACACUUUGGUGGCAGAGAUUUAUUUGCUUUCGGAUGAAGAAAUGAAGACGUUCAUGCUUUACUAUGGAGAUGAAAUAUAUCAGCACGGCAUCAAAUAUGAGGCUCCAAGUCCACCAUCGUCACAGGGCGAUCCGUUGGGCCUGGACAUGAUGAUCUAG